AUGUGCGAACUUUUGGUGGAAAAAGUGCUGUCUUCGUGUUUGGCUCCGCUCUCCGUUGGCGACGCUCUUCGACGAUUUUUUGAAGCUGUCGCAAGUGGCGUCCUCCUCAAAACUGGUCCGGGUCUACCUGAUCCAUGUGAAAAAGAGUCGGUCGAUGUGCUUGCACCACUCACUGGCCAAGAGAGAGAAGCGAUAACUGCUAGCGCUCAGCACGCUCUCCGGCUGAUUGCGUUUAACCAAAUUUAUAAGGUCCUUUGUCUGGAACGCUUGCCGGAUGUUAGACCACCACUCACUGACCGCAAGCGACCAAUGGACACUUCAAGCGCAUCAGAUGAUGACUUUAUAGAGGUGAAAAAGGACAAGAAAGAAGGCGAGAAUGGACACAGCAAAGAAGAGGAAAAUUCCUCCGGUGUAGCAGUGAAAAUGGAAAAAAUGGAAGUCUGA